CUCAACUGUGUUGUUUUCUUUUGUGAUCAUCAAAUACAUUUUAUUAUUAAACAUUUAAAUUAAAAAUAUAAAUAUAAAAGAAUGAAAGUAAAUAUAGAUUUAUCAGUUUGUCGAAUAUGUUUACAAGGUAGUGAAGAUGAAAUGAAAUCCAUAUUUGACGAAGAUGAAAGUAAUUUGACAAUAUCUAUGAAAAUUGAAUCUUGUGGCGGAAUAAAAAUAUCAACAAACUAUGAAUUUCCAACGAAAAUCUGUAAAAAAUGUCAUGCAUUUCUAUCCAUUGCUCACAAAUUUCGGACCAUUUGUCAGAACUCUGAUGAUUAUUUGCACGAAUUUGUUUCAAAAGGUGAUACCUAUGAGAAUGAAACUGUGGAAAUGUUAGACAUAAAACCAUUGAGUCGGAAAGAAUUGCAUAAGUUUCAUAAAUCUAAAACAGAAUAUAAAAUUAUUCCUAAGAAAGAUGAUUCAAUUGAUAAAGAUGACUCGGAUUAUUUAUACGAUGAUGUUAAAGACAACAAUGGAGCCUAUUCCGAUGAUGAUGGUGAUGACAGCGAAUUGGAUCAAAAGCACGAUAUUAAACCGCUCAAAACCCUAUCCAUGGACGAAGAUGGUAGUGCAGUAAUAAAAACAACCAAAAAACAAACACACAUUUGUGAAGUAUGCGGCAAUACGUAUCAGAGGAGAUAUUGUUUAGAAGCUCAUAUGCGUAGACAUCGUGGAGAAAAACCAUUCGAAUGCGAGAUUUGUAAAAAAUCAUUUGCAUUAAAUUUUCAACUGACGCGACAUAUGAGAUCACAUACAGGCGCGAGACCCUACAAGUGUCAAUAUUGUGAUCGGACAUUUGCAGAUAGAUCAACAAACGUUAAACAUGAAAGAAUUCAUACAAAUGAACGGCCAUAUAAAUGUGAAUCAUGUGGAAAAGCGUUUACAUAUUCAAAUGUUCUUAAAGUGCACAUGAUGACUCAUACAGGAGAAAAACCAUUUACCUGUGAACUUUGUGGAAAAAGGUUCUCUCAAUUACAUCACUUACGUGCCCACCUUCAAACUCUACAACAUCAAAAUGAUCCACAAGUAGCGAGACUUUUAUUAAAAAGCGAACCUAUAACAACAUAGACUUAUUUAAGUACACAUACACAUAUACAUAUGUAGAAUAAGAAAAACAGUGUUAUCUAUAUUAUAUUCAAGACCAUUUUAGCUUGUAGUACCUUUACAACAACAACAACAAGGAUUGUAAUAUCAACUUUGAGUAUUUCAAUCUUUAAUUUGAAUUAAAUUAUGUAACAAAUCAUUAAAGUACGUACAGUGCAUAAUUUCUUUUUAU